AUAUCAAUGGCUAUUCUUCCCAGCAUCGAUUCUCCUUUACCUGAUCCAGUUGACCCAUCACCUGGAUUUGAUGCAACUACAAAUACAUACGACGCCAAUGUGACUAGUUAUAGCAAUGGAGACAAUAAAGCAUUAAUAGCGAUUGAAGUGAUAUUUUCUCUACUGGUGCUGGUGAUUGUGAUGUUUUGCUUCUCUGCUGGACUAAAAAGAAGAAGAAGGAUACGAGAAGAACGGACGGAAAGAAUGGUGGAGAAUGCAAUAACGACAACAGCAUGUCGUCCACAAGUAGUGGUUACGACCAUUGUGCAGACACAUUCGAGUGGUACUGUCACCACAUUACUACAGGUGCCACCUCCGUCCUAUUCACCGCCUGACCCGACAACGCAAUUGUCUGGCGAAGCAAUAUCACGUCUCGAUCGGCUUUUGGUAAAUCAAAUAUGUACUCCACCGAAUGGUGUAACGUUACCUAAAUACACUGAUCUGUACAGGCCAAAUUCAUAGAAAACAAUAAAAUGUAUAUUCACUCAUAUGAACAUGAUGAUGUGCAUUUGUGUAACAAUAAAGGUGAACAUUAAU